GGCGAUUGUCAGUUGUUCGGAAACCGCGCGCCGCCGACGUUCGUUUGUUUAAACAUUACGCGAUCGCAGGUAGCCCAGAAAGAUAGAAAAAUCACAAAAAAGUAUAGAAAGCUCUAAAAAUCGAAUAAAAAAACUCGAGUGAUAUGAAAUGUUCGAUAGUUGCCAACUAAUAAAUGGCAGUGGACCUAAAUGUGCCGACGUAGCGGAAAAACUAGUGCAACUGUUCGGUUGGAGACAGACUUACAAUGUGGAAAAACUGCAAAGAAAUGUACCGGGUGGAUCAACUACCAGGAUAUCCAUCACUAGGACCGGUCUGGUGAAACCUAACAACGAAAAUGACCAAAAAAAGAAUCCUGAUGCUUGGGUAUCAGUACACAACCUCCAGUCCCAAGGAGGAGGUAUUCUGGACCCAGACGACAGACUCAGCGAUGUAGCUGACGAUAGGGAACAAAUUCUAGCAAGCUUUGAAGAUGGUGAAGGUUCCCACGUCCACCACGGCGGAGGAGAUGGCGCUAGCGGCAGCUCGGUGGGCACAGGCAGUCCUGACAUCUUCAACGACGGCGAACACAAAUACGGACCUUCAUACCCUCGCACAGACAUCGAAGUGACAGGAGAACAGAUAGCGUCGGGAGUACCCUCGCUCCAAGUGCGCAGAGGCAGCGAACCUACCCUCAACCAACUACCUGUAGGUCCUCCCGCUCCAUCAGACCACACCAAGCGAUGGAGUGCUGCUCCCCUUAUUUUGGAGCCUCCCAGUUCAGGCUAUGCUAGUCCAGACUGGAUGGAGGACUGUGGGGAUGAUAAUGAGGGAGGUACGGGGUUCAGGAGAGUGGCCAGGGACGGGAGCAAUAGGUUGUCGAUGCAGUUUCUGGGAGACGGACCUGGUUACAGAUGGGCAGAAGCUGCAGAAAGAGCAGCUAAUACCAGAUCUCACGCCAGCACUUCACUACCUAGAGAAACCAGAAGAAAGGAACCACUGGGUCAAGCUAACAACAGUCCAAUGCCUUGGAGUGCCGAUAAAACAGAGCUCAUUGUGAUUAGAAAUCAACCUGGACAUUUAGGUAUACACGUAGUACCUGACUAUGAUGGUUCGGGGAAAGACCGCGGAUUGCUUGUUCAAGGUAUUGAACCAGGAGGUAGAAUAGAUAGAGAUGGUAGACUAGCUAUUUAUGAUAGAAUAGUAGAAAUCAACGGACAAAAUUUAAUAAACAUUCCAUUUCAAAGGGUACAAGAAAUUUUUAAAUUGUCUCUUAUCUCUCCAGAACUAAGACUAAAAGUUAUUAAGGCUUCCGGUUUAGAAAGCUUAAGAAAACCUCUUUAUUCCCGCUUUUCCGAUGACAAAGAAAACGCUGGAAUGGUGGAGUGUGAACAAAAACAGAGUACAAACACUAAAGUAGCUACAGUAUCGCCAACCAAAAAAGUGCCAGCUGUUUCAAAGAAUUUGAAAGGUUUACUGACAGCUAAUACAAGGAAAAUUGGUAAAAAGAUCGAUAUAGAGUUGAUAAAGGGUCCCAGAGGGCUUGGGUUCAGUAUUACAACCAGGGAUAACCCUGCAGGUGGUAAUUGUCCUAUUUACAUCAAAAAUAUCAUUCCUGAGGGGGCAGCUGUCGAAGAUGGCCGCUUAAAAAUAGGGGACAGGCUGCUACAAGUGAACGAGGAAGAAAUGACGGGAAAAACACAAGCCGAGGCGGUGGCCAUCUUGCGAAAAGUCCCUCCAGGUAGUAAAGUAAAAAUCGUAGUGUCUAGGCAAGAAGAUGUUGCAGCCAAUGGCAAUUCAUUGCCUCGUGUCAUUGGUAUAGAAGAGACGGAAGAAAAAGACGAACCGAUGACGUUUAAUGGUACGGACCAUGGACACGCCCCAAACAUUCCUCCGUUACCACAGAGCCAUCUGCAGGCGUUGCACCAAAACAGGACACCAGAACGACUGGUUGCUUCUUCUGUAGCCAAAAUCGUGUCACAGUUUCAAGAAGCAGCGAACAACAGCCAUCCUCCAGAAAAAUUAGAUGGUUCUAUGGUAUUCCCAUGGAAGCAUAGAGAAAUUCUUACCCUCAACAUUCCAGUGCACGAUUCUGAGAAGGCGGGGCUUGGAAUUAGCGUAAAAGGCAAAACAAGUGAAUCGGGUGAUCUUGGCAUAUUCAUCAAAAGCGUUAUCAACGGUGGAGCGGCUUCCAGAGACAAAAGGCUGAAGACCAACGAUCAACUGUUGAACGUGAACGGCAUUUCCUUAUUGCAACAGUCAAACAGCGACGCCAUGGAGACGCUGAGGAAAGCUAUGCUUCACACUGAAGGCCCCGUGCCUGGCAACAUAACCUUGACUAUAGCCAGGAGAGCGUCCUCUCCUGGUGCUAGUAGGAACAGGUCCAACGAGAGCUUGCUCAAUAAUUCGCAGGAGUUGUGCAAUUCUCAGGAAAACUCGGCAGAGCCUUCCAGUGAGAAAUCCAACUCAAACACUUCAAACGGAUCUACCAACACUGUCAUCUACAAUCCGCAUCAAAAUGGCAUGAUUAACACCCAACUCAGUCCGAUGCAUACGUGGAAUCCCGUCUUGGAAAGACUUACAGGUAAGCCUCAGCUAAGAAACGAGAGUUACUACAAAGCCACGCACGACACGUGGUCAGGAAGCAUGCUAGCCAACAACAGCACUUUCGGAAACGUCAGCACAGCCGAACCGGUCCUAAUAGAAGACGAGUAUGGUUCCAGAAUGGUUCCUUUACAAAACCAACACCAAAUCAAUGUACAUGUGACCAACAAAAUGUCACACAUCAGUGGCGUACCUGAGAACAGGAAAGAUCAUGAACCAGAUGGAAAGGCUAACUUGACGGGUAGUAUUGGGGAUAAAAGUACCGACACUUCAUCGCAGACGACAAUCCAGACCACAGAUGCCACAUACGCUAGUCAGCUGAGCUUAGAAAAUCCACAGGGUUUUUCAAGAGACGCUUUCGGUAGACAAAGCAUGUCGGAAAAACGCCACGCCACCCUAGAUGCGAAAAGCACGGACACCUACCAAAGGACAAAGAAAAUGCGCGAAGAAAGGACCAAAAAAGACACUAGUAUAGUCAGAGUCGGUUCGGUGGAGUCGGUCAUAAGUGUUAAUAGGUCUGCAGAACAUCCCGAAUAUGCUGAUAAAGUGGGUGAAUUAGGUCCAUCUCUAGGCAUGAAGAAGUCUUCCAGUUUGGAGUCGCUACAAACCAUGGUUCAAGAGCUCCAGAUGCAGGAGGAAGGUGAUCCUGCUUACAGUUACAGAGGUCCAUCGGGAGGUCUGAAGGUUAUCAGAGGUAGAGGCUGUGAGGAGAGUUUUAGGGCUGCUGUAGUUGAUCCUAAUCAUCGAAGCGAGAUAGGGGCCAAAAAACACUGGUUGUUGGACGGUCCAGUGGAGGAGAGAGAAAUAGACGGCUUUACCAAUGCCAGGGGCGCGCCGAGACAAUCGUCAUUAAACGCCGCUUUGGACAGCAAAAAUAAAUCGGGAAAAAAGAAGCCAGGCCUGUUUAAAGGCAUUGGCUCCAUGUUUAGGUUCGGAAAACAUCGUAAAAACGAGCUGGUUGAACCUGUUCAACAGUACAUUCAGACCAACGAGUUUGACGUGGCUAAUUCUUCACAGAAUCAGUCGAUAAACGAAGACAAUCAGUCACAGGCUUCGCAUAAUACCAGCGAAAAUGCUCAACAAAAACCAGCUGACAAUAGACAACAAGAACCACCACCACCACAGCAACACCAAGAGCAGAACAGCCAGUGCCAACAAGCGCCCAGAGAACCGAUAUACCAAAGACAUCACGGCUUCGUUCACAGGCACGCCGAGCAGGUGCAGGUGAUUCCCGAGAACGCCGUGGCGCCCCCUGUGAAGUACCGGCAGAAUUCCGACCCCAGGCGGAACGAGAGAGAACUACAAAGACAGAGGCUGGCCCAGAGACACACUUACUACCAGGCCGAUGACAGGGGCGAGCCUGUAUACGACCAAAGACAUAACAUGCAGAGAUCAGAUCAGCAACAUCAACACAGGGAACCACAGUAUGGAGAAUUUGGUAGGCCUGGUAGUAGGUCUGGAAUCACUGAGUCAGUACCUUUUACUCACUACGUCAACUACAACGAACUCCAAACUCACAUCAGCCGCAAAGAGUCUCUGUCUGACAGUCAGAUAGUGCAAAUGCGCCUGCAGGUCCAACAGCAAAGGUUAAAGGUGGAGGAAGAGAGCCGGAAACAACACCAGUACCAUUCCCAACGCCAAACGCGUACCGAUAACCAACUAAGGCCUAUUUCCAACUACUACGAGUACGAGAGCGUUCAAUCGGUCCUAAACAACCGGCAAAUUCGCCCCAAUAACAACAGCAAUAACAAUCCCCCCUCCCAUCAGCAUCAGAACUCGCUACCGCAACCUCCCCACGUUUAUGACGUCAAUAUGAACCCGUCUGCGAGUCAAACUAGGCAACCUAGGCAACAGUUACCCCAGCAACACCCAGGGAGGAGUAACAUAACUAGGCAAGGGUCUCAGCCUCAUAGGGGACCGUUUGUGACGCACGUAACGAUAGGGGAACAUCAAAAGAACGGGACCAAAGUGUGAGAUAUUAUGCAUUAUGUACAGUGCUUUUGGUUUAACUGAGAACAUAGGAUUUGUAACAGAAUAAUGCUGGUCUAUAUUCAUUUCUAAUGUGCGAAUAUAGUCUAAUUUGAAUCCUAUGUUCUCUUCUGAGAACAUAGGUUUUGUAAAACAUAGAUGUUAUGAACAUAAAUCCUAUGUUCAUUUUUUGUGAGACAAUAAUCAAGUCUAUGGGCAUAACCAAAUGUGAAUCGUGUGUUUAUUAAAUUUAUGUGAACAUAGGAUUCGCGCAUAAUGAUAUGAUUUGUAAUUCAAUAAUGCAUUCUCUUCUAAUGCUUGAAUAUAUCCAAAACUAAAUCCUAUGUUAGCUUCUGAGAACAUAGGUUUUAUAAAAACUAUAUAUUGUGUUUUUGAAACAAUUGUCUCCAAAUAUUCAUUCAUUCAUGUAAUGUAAAUCCUAUGUUCAUUAAAGCUGUGUGAACAUUGGAUUCACAGCAUAAUCCUACCACUAAUGUGAACAUAGGAUUGUAAGACAAUAUGUUCCUAUGUUCGUUCUAGGGGAUAUAGGAUAUUGCUGUGUAUGUUUCAGCGAAGAUAGGAUAUAUUAUUUUUCUUCUAUGCUUAUUUUUAGAAUAAACGAGUCUUCGCACCUUGAAAUAUAACAUAAAUGAAAUAUUAUGUUCAUAGUUAAAUUAAAAGUACUGUAACGAUUUUUUGUAUGUCGGGUUAUACUAGCUGUGCUUUAUCGACCCUAUGAUCGAAUUAAUUUGUGAUUAAGUGGACUUUUGUAUAUUUUAUUCCAGAUCUUUUAUAUUUUCUCUGUUUAUAAAAGGAAACAGAACAAAUUAAGAAAGAUAGAACAUUGUAUUUUAUUAUUUUUUUUAGAUUUUAAAUCUAACAGUGAUUGACUUAAAAUUUAGUCAUAAACUUAAAUGAAAAUAAUCUCCCAAGAUGUAAUUAUAAAUUAAUUCGUUUUUAGGGUUUUUUUAAUCGACGAAUCAACAUAAUUUUAGGUUUAAUUUUUAUUUUAGCGUGUAUUACAAGUCUGUGAUUGUUUUAACGGUCUUAUAUGUUUUUAUAUACUUCGAAAUUCGAUUUUAAUCAAUAUAUUAUAUAUAUUUUUAGUUUUAAAAUUUUACAUUUUAUCUAGUAUAACCUUUUUUUUAUCAAUUCGUAACGAUGUGCUCACUGUGUACUUAUUCCAAGACUAUAAUUAAUUUUUAAGAAAAAUUUCCAUGUGUAAAUAAAUAAAAUAAAGUAUAUUUAAUGUAUAUGCGUCAUUAGACGGGAUAUGGUUUUACGCCAUCCAUAUAUUAAGCGAUUUUAUUUCUGUAAAUAUAGACUAUUUUAUAUUGUACAUAGCUAGAUAGAACUUUAUAUUUGUAAAAUCAAAAUACAUUUUUAUUAUACCAAG